AUGCCAGGAUCGUCGUUCAAGCGAACGAUUCUGAUCACCGGCUCGACGGAUGGCAUCGGCAAGCAAACGGCCACCGACUUGGCCGCUCAUCCGGAUAAUCGAGUCAUUAUCCAUGGACGAAGUGAAGAGAAAUGCGAGGCGACUCGAGACCAAAUUGUCAAGGAGACCGGAAACCCAACAAAUGUGGACUACAUCGCUGCCGAUCUGUCCGUCAUGAAAGAGGUAUGA